AUGACGAAUAGCGAGGCUCAAAAUUGGUACCAGGAUCAGGAUCAGAGAAUGAUCACCGUCUUGACUAGGCAUUCGACAGAACAGGAAACAGACCGAAAGGAUGAAGGAAAGGAAGUGGGGGCAAACCGGGAAUCAGAAAACAAGGCGAAGGCAAAUGGAAACGGAAACCCAUAUUUGCGGGUUGGAAGCGAUGCAAUCCGAGGGCAUGUACAAGACAAGAGAAGAAACAAUAACGUAUGCCAGAUCGAGACUCCAUGA